CGACAUCAUAGGUACAUCUUCAAGAACAUCAGAUAUGCGGCCCCACCUGUCGGUGAGCUGAGAUGGGCCAAACCAGCGCCCCCAGCACAGAAUAGCACUCAUCAGGAUGGCAGUUAUGGGCCAAGAUGCAUUCAGUCGGCUCCGAAUGGUAUCAAUGUGGUCGGACCAGGCAACAAGGCGCCUGUCGGAGCUGUCAUAAACCAGUUCCUUGGUGGAAUCCCAUUGCCACUCUUCUCAGGUGGAAGCGAAGAUUGUCUAUUCCUCGACGUUUAUGUGCCUGGAAAGGCGCUCAAAAACCCGACCAUCAAGUUACCCGUCGUUGUAUGGAUCUACGGAGGUGGCUUUCUCUUUGGCAGCAAGGACACGAUGACGCCCGACUUACCGUUCUACGAUGGAGGAGGGAUGAUUGGGCAGUCAAAUAACAACAUGAUCUUUGUCGCCAUCAACUACCGCGUCGGUGCCUUCGGAUUCUUGGCAGGGGAAUCCAUGGAAAGAGACGGGCUCCCAAACGCUGGAUUGCACGAUCAAAGGGCUGCUUUGCAGUGGGUGAGGGAUCAUAUUCACUUGGUUGGUGGUGAUCCUACCCAAGUCACUGCAAUGGGCGAAUCGGCGGGUGCGUCGUCGAUAUUUCACCACAUUGUCGCGGAAGGGGGUCGCCUUGAUCCUCUCUUCUCAAGGGCAAUUCUGCAAUCUCCAGCCUUCCAGCCGAUAUGGGACCGUGCUGGCAAAGUUGAAGAUACAUUUCAGGAUUUUGCAACACUCGCUGGAUGUCAAGGCAAAGGGCUGGCCUGUCUGCGAGCUGCUGACCCGACGGCGUUGAUCAAGGCAAAUAACGCGCUGAACUUGAAGCAGGCACCGGGUACCUUUGCAAUUGGCCCAACACCGGAUGGCAAGUUUAUUCGCCAGUUGCCAGUGCUGGAGCUCGCCCUGGGAAAGUUUUGGAAGCUCGAUUCCUUGAUCCUGUCCCAUGUCGCGGACGAGGCAAGUUUGUUUGUGGGCGGUUCCAUUCAGACAGAUGCGCAGUUCUCAGGCUUUUUGGGCCAGCUGUUUCCCAACAAUACUCUGACGGCAGGUGUGAACAACAAGAUUGAAGAAGCAUACCCUCCUGUCAAAGGGACGAAGAAGUCAAAGUAUGCCACACAGACAGCUAGGAUGACGGAGUUUACAAGAGAUAGUUGCUUUACGUGCCACAUUAGGCGUAAGUCCAGGCGUUCCCGUUGCUUCUUGGAGUCCUUCGGCGAUAGCAAAGUCUGGAACAUGCAAUACAGCGUCUUCCCUGGCCAGCACGCCACCGACCUGAUACCCACUUUCUUCAGCACAGCCUACACAUCCGACACCUUCCUCGACGACCUGGCCAUGUUCUUUGUACCUGUCCUCGGCACCUUGGUGGCAGGCAUCAGCACAGCGAUGCAGAGUUAUUUUGCGUCGUACAUCACCACAGGGAAUCCAAACAUGAACAGAAAGAUACUGAAUCUUCCACCGGCUAUACGUUGGAACCAUCCUGUCAGCGGACGAGGCGAGCAAAUCUCGGGCGUGCUGGAUGUGGGUGGCUGGGGGAUAACGACUGUCAGUGACGAUAAGAAUCAGAAAACGCCUUGUGAUUUUUGGAGAGGAUUUGCGGCGGCUGUGACGGCUUUGGGGGGGUACUCUCCUCCUGGGGAGGUUGUGCCGCAGAACCUUGUGAGGGUGGAGGGCGAUGUGAGCCGGAACUAUGUUGGUGGCAAUGCUGGUGAAUGA